AACUGCUGCUAGAAACCAUAUCCGUGUUACUAUCGAACGUGGAAUUUUUUUGGAAAUUGUCACCCUCUGCUUUGUGCUAUUAUCUGGUACAACAUCUCUGAAUGUAUACUAACAAUUAAAAAUCCCUGCAGAUCAUAGGAUUAAAAUUUAUGUAAUCAAAGGUGCAAUUUUCUGAAGACACCGAUUUUUCUGAGUGAUAUUUAAAGAUCUUUGAAAAAAUUAGCUUUGUUUUGAGUACUAAAAGUAGCUUGAAACAGGAAAUAAUCUCUCGAAGUCUAUUCUUUUUUGUGUCUAUGUGAAUAUUUGUUAUAAUGAGGUUAACUCUGAGACUGUUACUUAAGGUGGUAGCAAUUUUUGGUCUGUUAUUGAUUGUUCUACCUCUCUGGCUAAAUAGAUUGGAUAAGGAUAAUAUUAAAAAAGAAGUUCAUAGAAAUAAUAUUGAUUCCAAAGUCAACAUUCCUGAUUUGAAAAUCAAUCAGGACCAAGGAAACAACUUUAAUGAAGAAGAUGGAGGUGCUCAAUUACCUCCACCAGAUAAGAGACAAGAAAACGUUCACAAACAAGAAGGUAUUACAGACAAUGAAGAUUCUGCCCCAAUUGGUUUUGAACCGGUUGUUUAUGGGCCCAAGUCUGUGUUCAAAGAUGGUAUUAUAGGAAACUAUGAGCCAAAAUUUGAGCCAAAAACAGGAGCUGGCGAAAUGGGAAAGCCUGUCUACAUAUCUAUGUCUGAGAGAUCAGAGGCAGACAGAUCAAUCAGUGAAUUUGGAUUUAAUAUGGUCGCAAGUGAUAAAAUAUCUAUGAAUCGAAACAUACCUGAUACUAGAUUAGACGAAUGCAAAUACUGGCAUUAUCCCGAAACUUUACCAACUGCUUCAGUUAUAAUAGUUUUUCAUAAUGAAGGAUGGUCUUCACUUUUACGAACAGUACACUCUGUUAUUGAUAACUCACCUCCUCAACUUCUUCACGAAGUUGUUAUGGUUGAUGAUUUCAGCAGCAAGGCUCAUUUAGGACAAAAACUACAAGAUUAUAUAGACACACAAUUUAAAGGUUUAGUCAAACUGCACAGAAAUAAAGAAAGAUUAGGACUCAUAAGAACAAGAACUUUGGGAGCUAAAUAUUCUACCGGUGAUGUUAUUGUGUUUCUUGACGCUCAUUGCGAGUGCAAUAGAAACUGGCUGCCUCCUCUUCUUGCAAGAAUUUCUUACGACAGACAUAUAAUGACUGUACCUGUUAUCGAUGCCAUACAUUGGGAUACUUUUCAAUAUCACUCAAGUUAUGCUGAAAAUACGCACUUUAGAGGCAUAUUUGAAUGGGGCUUCUUAUAUAAGGAAAGUCGAGUACCAGUCAAAGAACUAUCUCGACACCAAUACGCUAGCGAACCAACCAUUAUGACUGUUCCUACCAUAGAUGGUAUAGAUUGGAAUACAUUUCGGUAUUCUCCUGUUUAUCAGGACGGGCAGCAUUAUAGAGGUAUUUUUGAAUGGGGAUUUUUGUAUAAGGAAUCCUCUGUUCCGGAUAAAGUUCUUAGGUCCAGAAAAUACAAUAGUGAGCCUUAUCAGUCACCUACACAUGCUGGAGGAUUAUUUGCAAUUGAUAGGAAGUAUUUCUUUGAACUUGGAGCUUACGAUCCAGGUCUUUUAAUAUGGGGAGGUGAAAAUUUUGAAUUAUCUUUCAAAAUUUGGCAAUGUGGUGGAUCAAUUGAAUGGGUUCCUUGCUCAAGAGUUGGCCACGUAUAUCGAAAUUCCAUGCCCUAUGGAUUUGGCAAUAUAAAUCCACAAAUUCCAAUUAUAUUAAUCAAUUAUAUGAGAGUCGUAGAAGUUUGGUUAGACGACAAAUACAAAGAAUAUUUUUAUACAAGAGAACCAACUAUUAGAGGUUAUCCAAUAGGUAAUGUCACAGAACAAAUAGAAUUUAAGAAGAAGCACAAAUGCAGAUCUUUUGACUGGUUUAUGAAAAAUAUCGCAUACGAAGUGUUUGAUCGAUUUCCUCCCCUGCCACCAAACGUUGGUUGGGGGGAAAUUGCUCAGAGAGACUCACCAAAUCCACAAUGUUGGGACACACAAGGCCAACCACUGGGUGGUGGCGCUAUUGGCGUUUCACCAUGCCAUCACUUGGGGGGCAAUCAAAUGUUCAGAUUAAAUGCUGAAGGACAAAUAGGAGUUGGAGAGCGAUGCAUACGUGAAGCUGGUAAUGUGCUACAAUUGAAUUAUUGUCCUGUUCACCCAACUGGUCCUUGGAAAUGGGAUAAGGAAACAGGAUUAAUCAGCCAUACCGGUGGAAAAUGUGUGGGAUUUAGGGCACUUAAGCUUAAACUGGUAACAUGUGACAAGGAAGACUCAACUCAACUUUGGAUCAUUAAAGAAAUCAGAACGUGGACAAAAAAUUAG